AGCGAUGGAGGGCCAAGUACGAGAAUUGCUUGGCUUUCUGAGUGCGCCGCAGAUAGAAAUACGAAAAGCGGCGCUCGAAGCGGUGACAGGCUUCACUCCCUCCUCUCAGCCACUGCGCAAAGUCAUACUAGCAUCCCCGACGGCGAUCGAUGCUCUCGGACGAAUCGCUCGAGAAGAUGCAGCAGCGCUCGCGCACGACGCCCUCAAGGCACUCAUCAACCUGUCCGAUCAAGAAUCUGUGCAACGCCAAUGCGGCAACCCCGUCAUGCUCAGCUGGAUCGUUCGUACGAUCGUGUCGAGGACAGCUUUGCUGGCCGAUCUCGCGUGCAUGCUGCUCUCAAAUCUUACCAAGUCUGAGACUGUGGCAGCAAGCCUGUGCAAACUCACGCUGCCUUCGACAUCACCUCAGACGUCCGGCGAUCCAACUCGCGCGCUUGAGCAGCUCGUGCAAGUCUUCUUGCUCGGUGACGACAAGACAUACAACCCACACGCGACUUAUGACUUCCUCGCCAGCGUCGUCGCCAAUAUAUCUCUGCUACCCGCCGGUCGUCUUGCACUCUUGAGGCUUCAACCAGGCCAGCCAAUUCCUUCUGGCAAGGAUCUUUCGGACGUUCCGCUUACCAAGCUGGCUGUCUUCACCGAACAUGCAAGCACGAUCAGACGAGGCGGCGUCGCUAGUAUCAUCAAGAACUGUUGCUUUGUCAAAGAAGCACAUGGCGCGCUUCUGGACGAAUCGUCCGUCAACAUGCUUCCAAAGGUCUUGCUACCGCUCUGUGGCAAUGAGGACUAUGACUUGGACGACUUGGAAAAGUUCCCCACCGAGAUCCAGCUGCUCUCCUCCGACAAGACUCGCGAGCCAGACCCGUACAUUCGACUCACUCACGUCGAAACCUUGCUCCUGCUCUGCACGACCCUGACGGGCCGCGAGCAUUUGCGGCAGAAGAAUGCCUAUCGCGUCGUCAAAGUCCUGCACGAAUCCGAGCAGGACCACGAGGUCGCGGAAGCGGUCGUCAGGCUGGUCAAUCUGCUUAUGCGCGACGAGGGCCCAGACACUCGCAUAGAAGCUGUGCCAGAAGUGGUCGGCUCUGCGACAGUAGAACAUGAGGAAGAGGACGAAGAUCUUGCGAUAGAAGUCCUCUAAAACUCCUGCAUGGUGUUGUUGUCAACAUACUAGACGUUCACGUCUGCAAGCUGCGUCUUGGGAGUCGCCGACCUCAUGGGUGCUUGCUUUGUCCGAAUUUGAGUCGCUUGCUCAUAAGCGUAACCAUAUUUCAACAGCUUAGCCUCGCUAUAAGCCGUCCCGACAAACGUGAUCCCAAA